AUGAGGGCCUCUGGAAUGCCAGGGCCGGCCCUGCCUAAAAGAAUACUCGAGCUUCUGAACGUGGAGAAGCUCACCAGGGAAAAUGUCGCGAGUCAUCUGCAGAAGUACAGGCUAUACCUCAGACGGCUAAGUGCUGUGGCAUCACAGCAAGCUAGCAUUGCUGCUGCUUUUGGAGGCAGAGACCCCUUCCAGCACUUUGCCCCUUCUGCUGCACUUCCAUCUUUCAGUCCACAUGGAUUGUUGAGUGGUGCUGGUGCAGCAGCAUUUGGGCUUCAGGACUUUGUUCCUUCCAAGGCAAUUCAGUGUGCUAGCAGCAAUGGUGCAAUAAGUCAUUGCGCCGGCGAUACAAACAAAUUUAACAUUGUGAGCUUACAAGAUAACCAACAGGCAGAUCUAACGCAAGGUUUGACCGCGUCGUCACUUGGGCAGCCCCGGCUCCAGCAUAAGUGGAUCCAUCAAGAAACCAAUGACUUGUGUUCUGUCUUUUCCGGGGGUGCUCUGGCCAACACUAUGUCCGGCACAUUACAGAGAAUUACAAGCAGUUCAAUGCCACCAGAAGAUCUUUUGGAGUGCACUCCACAUAUCAAAGUAGGAGCCCAUCCAUCCAUAGGAAUAUCUCAGCAGGGUGAUCUUCCAAUUAGCGAUGGAUUUUGUGUUGACAAAUUACCGUUGCACAUCCCGUUCAAUGGUGCUGACACUGGCUUUGUGGCUGGAGAACAAGAGAUGGACAAAAGGGGGAUAUUUUCAGAAACAAUGACUGUUGGUGUUUGUCCUUCUGGGAGCCUUAUAGCAGCAGCCAACAAUACCAAAUGUGGAGCUAGUUCUUCUGGUAGCACAAUGCUGCUCCCUCCUCAUGAUAACGAGCGACAUUCAAAAUACGUGCAGUUUGGGGCUGCAAGCAAUUCUAGAUAUAGAAUGGAUGGAGUGAGAAAAGACCAAAGCCUGAACAAUGGAGGCUUUAGCUCUGAUGGUGGUGCCAUUGUGCCUGAACAGCCCGAUAUGGAUGAUUUGGGAAUUCCAAAGCUGCAGGGUCAGAGUGGGUUCAAUUCUAGCAGCUGCAACUUUGAUGGCCUUCUCAAUUCCAUAAUAGAAGUGACAUGGAGCAAGCGAUAUCCGACCUGCAAAGAGAGCCUGGCCUACGGGGGGAUGCCUCAGGAGGAUAGAUGA